GCGCGCUACAAAAACAAAAUUAUGUUUUUCUAUUAAUUGACUGUUAAUAAUGACUGAAAUGUGAAUCAAAUAUAUUAACAAAUUAAUUUUAUUGUUGUUAUAUUGCGUUUUAGUUCCGAUGUGAUUUUAAAUACGUAAUUUCUCAAAUGUGCUUAUCAUCUCGUAUUUUCAAAAUAAAUAUCGAUUAAAAUCGCUUGUUCGUUCCUAGUUGAAGUAUGUUAGAGUCUCGCGGCAGAUGAGGCAGACGGAUCGUAUGGAAUGGCGAGCCAUGCGCAGACGGGCGUGGAGCCAGCUAGUUUGGAGUACAUGGAGGAUCCGUACUUUUUGCCGCCGAACGACGACUCCACUCCGAGUUUCGACGUGGCUGUAGACGAGUUAGACGAGUUGGAAAAGAUAGUCAGCUGGCCGCAAGAUGACACUGAGGCCGACUGGCGCACGCUGCCCGACCUUGCAGAGUCCUCUCUCUGUAUUGAAACCGAGUUCUAUGUGGACAACCGCCGCCGCAGGUUACGGAUAUUUAAAAAAAAAAUGCGAGAGGUUCGAGUUACAUUUCAGGACUUGUCCAAACCAUAUCUUGCCAAAGUGUCUAGCCACACAAAUUAUAAAAAGUUCCUUGGUAUCACUCCGGGAGCGGAAGAAGCGAUGGCGGGGUCCGGAGCGGGCGACGCCAAUAUGCCCGACGAGCUCGCGGGUCUGACGCCCGAACAGGCGGAGCAGCUCCGCGCAGAGUGGAGCCGCGAACUGGCGCGCGUCGAGGACGAGAUUGCCACGCUACGCACGGUUCUGCAGAGCAAAAUUCGUCAAAGUUCCGACUUGAAACGUAAACUUGGCAUCACAGUCUGGAAGGAGAUAACCGAAGACGUCAACCAGGGUUUGAAAAACGUUAAAGAGAGCCAAGUUUAUCAAACGAUAGAAACUCGCGUGGCUGCGCUUAAACAGGCUGUGACUGAAGCACCAAUAUACCAAAAAACUGAAUCUGUGAUAAAAACAACUGCCGAAAAGACGACGUCGAUCCUCGGAGGCAUCACGGCCGGCGUGUCGCACAAACUCGGCCAAAUGCGCAACUCGGAGUCCUUCCGCUCCAUCGAGGAGCGUGUCGGCAGCGCCUACGAGAACGUCAAGGGUAAAGUCGCUUCCCGGUCCAAUUCAACGCAGAGCUUCGACGAGGCGCUCCGCGACGCGAGCCGCGCGCCCAGCGGCGCAACCUCGCCCACCAUCCCCGAGCACAAGCCGCUGCCUUAGUGCGGCACCCACCACCACACACCACGCCGCGUAUAACUAUCAGAGCUUUAUCUGCCGUGCUUAGGUAAAAGGCACCAUCCUACACUGCUUUCGUAAAAUUUUGAUAUUUUUUUUUAUGAUUACAAUUCGCCAGUCACAUAACAUUUCUUAUGUUUACAUUGUAUUUGUAGUUUUUAUCUAUUGUGAGACAGUUAAAAAUAUUUUUUUUUAAUUAUUAUUAUUACAAUUGUAAAAUAUAUAAUUAAAAGUAUAUUUUUAAUGAUGACUUAAUACAAUACGUUAUUAAAUUUUACAAGAGAGGUUUUUAAUGAGAGGUGUUCUCUAACAGCCAUCCAAAUUGUGUAACUAUAGACUUUUGAUUUUCAGAUUAUGAUUAUACAAUUAUAUAUAUUAUAUACUAUUGUGCGCACUAUAUUAAUAUUAUAGUAUCAUAUGUUUAAUUGAAACAAAACAAACUUUAGACACAAUUUUCUUUUUUCGAUAAAUUAUACUUUACUACCUAAGCACAGCAGUAAUUAUCCUAUACGCCACGAGAUCGUGACGUAUUUGAUUACACUAUAAUCAGAUUCGAAAAAACUUAUUAUUCAUUCGACUUGCAAAUAUUUUAUUUUUUAGAGUAUCUUGAUGGAGAAGUUUACAAUAUUAUAAUUAAUUAAAGUUUAUUGAUAUUGUAAAACGAAGAAUAUUAAUCUGUGAUUGUGUUACAUUGAAUGCACUGAGCGAGUUUACUGGAUGGUCUAUAUUUUAAUAAUAUAAGACAAAUUUAAACAUACUCGUACAUCAGUGUAUACCUUAAUGACUACGACGACUUAAAAUCUUUAAUAGAAAUGUUACGUAGCACUAAAUGACAAAAAGAAAGCUGAUUUCACUUAUAUGAGAUAUUCAAAGUAACAUAAAUGUCACAUACAAUUAAAUGAAAAAAUUGAUUAUCGUGUAUCAUUGUCCUAUAUCUAUUGUGAUUAUAUAAAUGAAUGUCAUUAUAGGAUUAAUAGAGAAAAUUCAAUGUGUUUCAUAAAUUGAGCCUAAAUGUUUUAAAGAUUUCGCGAUGUAGAAAUAAAACGACUCGUUUAAAAAAGGCAUAUUGAAAUUUGAAACACAAUUUAUAUGCGUAUAUUUACAUUUUGCUUUAUUGUCCAGCAUACUUGAAAGGGUUAUAUAACAUUUUGUGUAGGAGACAAUAUGUUAUAAAUAAAAAAUAUUGUGAUAAUUUUUGGAUUGACAAAGUAUACUAGUUUGUAAAAAACAUUAAAUUCAAAUUAUUAAAUAAGUCAUGCAUUAUAAACACACGCUGCUUUAUUAAGCUUUUCGUAUCCCCGUGUUAUAAGCCGUUUCUUGUCUCUGAUACAUCACGCUUUCUUCUAACUCAAUAAUUAAAUCACAAGAAGUGUCUUAAAACAUGCAACAUUUAUAGAACUUCAUAAACCCCGCAAUAAUGUUCAUUUAUGUUUUAGGUUAUUGCGUUUUAGGGUCUUAUAUAGGUGUCUAUUAGUACUUAAUGUGUUUUAUUUAUUGUCAAUCCAUUAAUAUUUCGAUGCUGGAUAACAAUAAUUUACAAUAAAACGUUUUGGUGUUUGAUGCAAAUAAAAUUUAUCGAAAAGUA